AUGGCGAACCAUCGAAGAUCAUCUUCCGUCUCUCAUAUGCGAUUGUCACAGCCAUUACCUCCAUUACCAUUGCCAUUACUUCUGAGCGACCUACCUGCAUAUCGAGAUGAUCCAGAGCCAUCGGAAGAGGAGGGCGAAGAAGGGGCGGAACGAGUCGGGGCGAACCAGGCAGAAGCUCUACCCUCUGAACCUCCCGAAUACCAACCAAUGUACGACUACCUGAGAGCACAUCAAUUGCGACAUCCUCCACUUCCAGAACCACAUUCUGUGUCCGACAGUCUUCAGGUUCCCAUCGCACCUCCUCGUUUCGAGCCAUACCGAGACGAACCAGACGAACCCUUCGUGGUCGAUAUAGAUACUUCCCAGCCACCUCCAUCCUACAACGAUUUAUACCGAGAGCAUGAAAUUGAGAUGCAAAUCUUGGAGAGAACACUCGACGCAGAAGGUGACCCUGUAGAAAGUACAGAAGAUAUUUGCAAAUGGGUCGUCGCGAUGUUGUUGAUCACAUUGACGGUUGCAAGUGUUGGGACAGCGUUUAACUGGGGGAGGCCUCAUUGUAACGCAUCCAUGAGAUGUUGA